AUGAAAUCCGUCCAAGCCAAUAAACAAGCUCGAACACUUUGGCUGAGUCAGUACAAGGCCCUCAAAUCAAAAUUGAGUGAUAUGAAAGACUUUUUCAAUGAAAUUCAAUGUACAGAAGGCCUCCAAAGGCAAAAACAGUUAGAAGAGAGAAAAGAAUGCUUGGAAGAUAUUCAAGAUAUCAGUAAACGAGUUUCAUCUCUCAAACGAAUGACUGUUGAAAGUAAAACCAUACCUCAAGAAAACACAAGUCCUGAACAACAGGAAGAAUUUUUGAACCGAAUACAAUCCGUUAUGGAACGAAUUGAAAAACAAUGUAUAGUAUUUAAACAAACCCGAAGGCAAAUGCUUCAAACUCUCAACACAGAGGAAAAGAUUUUAAUGAAAGAAAUUACAAGUUUUGAAGGACUCAUUGAUGAUCCCGAUUGGCUUAAGGAAAAGGAGGAACCUGAGAGUAUCUUUACAAACCCAGAGAAAAUGAAGGCGGUUAAGCAAUAUAUUGAGCAGAGAGAAAAUUUGCGUGUGCCCAUGGAAGUUAUUGAUUAUGAUAACUAUGUGGCACAACAUGGAGGUCUCACAGGAGGAUGGGACGCAGAAGAUCACACUCUUUUUGUUAAACUAAAAACGAAAUAUCCAGAUCCACAACUAUUUAUUUCAAAAGCAGUGGAAGAAAUUAAAACUCACAGCAUUAUUGAGAUACAGGAACAUGACGAAUUUUACAAGAAUUUAAUGAUACUGCAAAAUCAAAAGAAAACAGCAAUCCAGCGAUGGAAAGAAGAAAAGAAGAAGAAGAAAGAGGAACAAAUUGAAAUUGAAGAACAAGACAAAGUGAAAUUGUUGGAAAAGGAGGAAGAAGAGAGACAGAAAGAAGCACAACGACAAAAACAACUCACCAAAAUUAAGCUUCAAACAUGGAAAAUAGAAAAGGAACGACUAGAGAAGGAAAAACAAGAACUUGAGGAACGCGAAAAACAAGAAAAACUCAACAAGCAAAAAGAGGAGGAACGAAGAUAUCGAGAAGUAACCAAAUUGCACUUAGAGAGCUACAAACAACUUAAAGAAAUUAAGCAAAAAGAAAAGCAGAAAGUUCUUGUGGAAGAGCUCUCUAAAAAAACACGCCCUCCUUCACCGGCAGAAUUGGCAAGGGUAAGAGAACGAGAGGAGCAGUACGUGAAGAAAGCACUGGAACGAAAAUUAAAACGGGAACAGGAAGCAAAGGAGAAGGAAGAACGACUUUCAAAGCUUAAAGAGAAAGUUAAGGUUGAAGUUGAAUCGGAUGCAACUCGUCUCCUUAAGCCAACACAAGCUCAAUUCAAUAGAGAAGUAGAGAUACGAGAAUAUAUGGCUCAACCUAAAGAUGAAGGCUCAGGAAGAAGACCCAUAGCCUGCGACGUCCGAAUGAUUUCACACAAAACAAUACCGAGUUGGAGAAAGUAA